GUGCCCAACUGUAGACAGUGAAAGCCACUUGAUCAAGUUUGAUUUAUCUUUGUGAUUACACAGUUUGAUAAUGUCUCAGCUUUGCAAAAUUCAAAGUUCAAAGUAAUUAUUAAAGUACAUGUAUGUCACCAUAUACAACCCUGAGAUUAAUUUUCAUGGGGGCAUUCACAGUGAAUACAAAGCAAGACAAUAGACUCAAUGAAACACCACAAACACGGACGAACAACCCAUGUGCAAAGGACAAGCUGUGAUCAAAUGCCCAACUAGCUCAUCCCUUCUGUCUAUACAAUGUCCUGUCUUUCUUCUCCCUGCAUUCAUUUCUGAUAAGAUUGUGCCUGAAAGUCCUUUAUCAAUAAAAAGUAGGAAAACAAAACCUUAUGGUGCUUUUUAAAAAGACAACUUCCCGAGAAGAUGACUUUGCGGUGUGUCUCCCCAGCGUUGAAGUCGCAGCAAGUGAGAGAAGCAAAUGCCGGCACCGCCGGUGCAGUCGGAGCGCCCGCCGCGGGAGCGGGCCGGCUGAGGCGAGCGGGAGCGGGCGCCGGGCCGCGGGCCGCCAUGUUGGCCGCUGCCUGACAACGUCACGACACGGAGCGGAGAGAGAGGGAGGCCGACUCCAUCGGCGUCCAUCCGCCGCUUCACCCAGCUCGCCGACGGACCGCCACCACACGGGCAGCACCAUGAGCGGCGGGACUCCGUACAUCGGCAGCAAAAUCAGCCUCAUCUCCAAGGCGGAGAUCCGGUACGAGGGGAUCCUGUACACCAUCGACACCGAGAACUCCACCGUCGCUUUAGCCAAAGUUCGCUCAUUUGGGACAGAGGAUCGGCCUACGGACAGACCAAUCCCACCACGCGAUGAAGUGUUUGAGUACAUCAUAUUUCGGGGCAGUGAUAUCAAAGACCUCACAGUAUGUGAGCCUCCAAAGCCACAGUGUUCUCUGCCUCAAGAUCCUGCCAUUGUUCAGUCUUCCCUUGGCUCGUCCUCAAACUCAUCUUUUCAAUCAGUUGGUUCCUAUCCACCGUUCAACAGAAUGCCAGCGUACAGCCAGUUUGGACCAAGCCCACUCGUGACGCAGCAGUACAACGCAGUGGGUGUUGGAGGCCCCUCGUCUUCUUUCAACAGCAACAAAACCAGCUUCGCAUCACUUACACAGACCAGCUCACUGGGUUCGACCAUCAAACCCGAUUCGAGCUCUCUGAAAUUGCAGUUAGCUUUUCAGGGCCGAUCGAGUCCAAAACUAGAGCCCUUAAGAAAAAGUCCAACAAUGGAGCAGGCAGUGCAGACGCACACUUCUCAAGCACCUGUAGGGAGGAGGAGCCCUGUGCUAGCUAGGCCACUGCCGUCGGUUCAGCAGAAACCAAUGGAUACUCAUGAUACAAGGAAAGCUUUUGAGUCACAGAAAGCUCUGCGGCCAGAGAAUGAUCACUUUAAGAAUGAAAAUCGGGAACCAAACAAGAGGCCAUCAGGUGGCCAGGCUGCCAGAAGAGGCCGUGGAGGAAGUCGAGGAAGGGGUAGGUUUGCUGUCAGGCGAGACGGGCCAAUGAAGUUUGAAAAAGACUUCGACUUUGAGAGCGCAAAUGCACAAUUUAACAAAGAGGAGAUUGACAGGGAGUUCCAGAAUAAGCUGAAAUUGAAAGAUGAUAAGCAACCAGAUAAAGCGGAAAAGACGAUAAAUGGAGAAGAUAAAGGCGACUCGGGGAUUGAAACACAAAACAGCGAGGGAAAUGCUGAUGAAGAGGAUACUUCAGGACCGAAAUGCUACUAUGACAAAACCAAAUCAUUUUUUGACAACAUCUCCUGUGAUAAUGAGACAAGCUAUUUUUCUUCCAGGGAUCGGAGACCCACCUGGGCUGAGGAAAGGAGGAUAAAUGCAGAAACAUUUGGAAUCCCGCUGCGCCCAAUGCGUGGACGUGCAGGCUACAGAGGCCGUGGUGGCUUUGCAUACAGGGGUGGGCGGGGUCGUGGCGGGAGAGGAAACUAUGGACCUCCCCGUGGUGGUUUUCGUGGAGGAUUCAGAGGAACCCGUGCUGGAGACAGAGAGGUUUCAGACUUUGAAUACAGGAAGGACAAUAAAGUUGCUGCAUAGUAUACAAGACAGCGUUUGCAAAAGAAGGACUUUAGAUCUACUUGGUUCAGAGAAAGUGUUUAGUUUUAAACUUAUUUUUGACAGCAAGAAUGAAGAAAUAAAUUUGCUGUUCAUCUGUCACCAGCACUGGUAUCUACGUGCUUGACUUCAAAGGGGGAACACGCAAUGUCUUGUUGUGGAGAAGGUCUGUCUUUAUGAUGUUGAGCAUUAAAUAUUUGUCUUUGAAAUAGAAGGAAAAUUUGUAAAUGUAUAGAUGAGACAAAAAAAUACGACUAGUAUGUUGGAGCUUUCCAGUAUUUUUGCAUUGAUAAUGAGAGCGCUUUCUUAUUACUGAAAAUGUUUGAUAAAAUGCUGUCAGUUGCAAGAAAUACUGUAUGCAGCCGGCCAUCUACUGUGAUUUGCAUUUUGACUCGCUCUGAUUCACAAGAAAUUACAUUGAAAACUUUUAAGAUUUAUUUUUUUCAGUGAAACAGUAAAACAGCUUUAUUGUGCGUAGGAUAUAUAUAAAAAAACUCAAACUUAACACACGGCUGUGCUUAUCUUAUAGAGGAGAAAGAUGGAAUCAGAAAUGUUUUGUGACACACUCCUCUCUGGAGAUAGCUAAUCUUCACCACCUUCACUCCCAACCCAGUUGGGUGGGGAUGAUUUACAAGAUUCUGCUUUAUGAAGAUGUUCCCCAAUAGAAUUUUUGAUAUUGAACCAAAAUAUGAGGGGGAGAUACAAUACAUAGUGUUUUUUUUUAAAAAAUCAGUAAAUUUAGCUAUAAGGCAUAUAAAGCAUAAAGGGAUCCAAAGAGGAAUAAUUUUUGAUUAAUGUAGAUAUUAUGUGAACAGUUUCUGAACUCUGGUGUUUGCAAGUAAUAUAUAGUGUAUGAUUAGUCCCCCCCCCGAUAACAUAUUUACCAGAAAUUGAGGUUGAAGGUGCAGGAGAUGAAAUUUCUCUGUUGUCCUUGUUCAUCUUUCAUCCACUUCCUUGCUAUAUAUGCCAUGUAUCAAUAAAAGUAACUCUACACUAAGUAUAAUUGAAUGAUUAACAAAUAUCAGUCAUGAGCUUGACAAAGUACUCACAGGAGAUUUCCUUCUGUGCGUCAUGAGAUCCAAGCUGCUUGAUUUGAAUUAUUUUUGUGGUACUUGCUGCCGAUUUUAUUUGAAUUUUUCAUACAUUCUUUGUGGGGAGGGGUGGAAAUCUUUUAGGUCAGGGGUGAGUGAGGGUGUUCAAGGAAUCCAGGUAACUAGAUAAUCACUAACUUCAUGCUUAUCAGCGUGGUGGAGUUGUCCGCAAUCUGGCCACAGGUUCGUUUGAGUUUGUUUCCUGCUGCACCAUACAUGAAACAGUUGUGAAACAGAAAUAUAUAAAUAAUGCUUAGGAAUAGCAUUAGCAAGUGUGCAGUUUCCAGUGAAUUUUAUGGGAAGGGGUAGAUGUUUGAGAACACAUUAUUUAAGAGAAGGUGAGGAUGGGACUUUUAUUUUAAUUUUACAGUUCAGAGAUGACUCCCACCAAAAACCAAGUCCAACUUUGACCUAUGGGGUCUUCAUUGUUAUUAGUUCAUACACAUGACAGGACAUUUAUUUUUGGUAGAUACCAUUAUUAUCCCCCAGAGUUGCACAUUAGGGUUAUCUGGCUCUUCAAUCACAACUCAGUGUCAUUUUUACAGAAUGAAUCCCAAAUAUAAUUUGAACUGACUGAGAUUGUCCUGACCUGUGGAUGUCAUGAUAUACUAACAACGGUCUGGAAAGAUGCCGUGGACAGGCUGACGACUGGUGACAAUAUGCCACUGUUCAAGUGGUACCUCCUGUUUAUUUGAAUCAAACUGUCCCUUUUUGGCAUUUGACUAAAUGGGUCAGAAGCUGUGAAGGAAGAAUUUUUCUAUUUUUUCAAUCCUCCUUACCUCUCAAUAUUAAUCAGAUGCUUUCAUUAUUUACAGCACGGUAUUUCGAUGUACCUUCUUUAUACCUCACUGACCUGACGUGCAGUUUUUAUUGUAAUAAUAAAUAAACUAUUGUUCAGUAAAUUCA